AUGGCCAAGAUGAUGGAUCGCGUGCAGAGGCAGGUGAUGAAGGAGAAGCUGGCCAAUUUCGACCUUCUCAAGGACCUUCCCCUUGCCGCAAAGGAGGAGUUGAUGAGCGUUGUUGAACAGGUCCAUUACCCAAAGGGUAGUGUGUUGUUCUACGAGGGUGAGUCCUCGUUCGACCUGUUCCUCAUCCUCGAUGGAGAGGUCACGGUCUACAAAAAAUCGCCUUCUGCUGAGGAGCAGGAGCAGGCCCAGGCGGCUCCCGCUGGUCGACGGAUGUCGAUGGUGCGCCGGAAAUCUUCGGGCCUCAUAAUGGAUGAGCCGGCGGAGCAGCAAUAUGGCCAGAGCAUCGGCACCAUUCGCUCCGGCCAGGCUGUGGGUGUGGUGGCUUUGAUGGAGAGCCAGCCUCGCUCUGCCACGGCACUGGUUUCGGAGCCUGGCGAGAUGCUCCUCGUCAGGAAGGCCGAUUUCGUGCGGCUCAUCAAAGAGCCCAUGAGCAGAGACUGGGUGGAGAAAGACAGGUUCCUGCAGGAUCACCUUGUGGGCAUCCGAGAACAUGCGAAGAGCUUCGUGCCGAUCACUGGCAAGUCGCACGCGACGCAUAUGUUCGCCAAGAAGAAGUAUCUUCCCGGCCAUAUCUUCUUGCACGAGGGCCAGGUGGCGGAGGGUGCGCUUUACGUCAUUUUCGAGGGCUCUGUGGAAUUCUUUCGGGCUGCCUCAGGCACAACCGCCAGACUUCGUGAAGCAUGGAAAAACCCGGUAAUGGAGCAGCGGAAGCCUCUGGGCUUGCUUCAGCCGACGAGUGCUGGUGUCAUCGCCCGCGAGUACAGGCUUUGCGCCAUGUUGCCCGGGGGCCUUUUCAGCUCCGCCAGCUUCACCGGCGGAGAGAAAACGACGGAGGAGUUCUCAGUCAUCGCAGGCCCAAAGGGCUGCGUGGUCUUCGAGUCUGUGGGAGACAACUUCCAGAAGCUCCCUUUGAAGGUGGUUUCUGCAGCAAGGGAGGUCUUGUCCAAGGUGGCGCAGGUUCAUCAAGAGAGGUGCGGGGUGCUUCUGGCGACCCUUGAUUCAGGAAGCGAGGAGAAUCCAGCCAAGUCACUUGGCAAAACGGGCUUGGGUAUGGAAAGCAGGUGCCGCAAAGGAGUGGCGGUGGCUCAGGCAAACAUCGUCGCCUGA